CGAGGUCUCCAUGACGGCAUUAAACAUAAGGGGCGGGGUGGAGGACAAUCAAUCAUCAUUUGAUUGAUUCUGUUUUAUGCUCAAAUCUGCACAACACUUUUGUUCCAGGUGCGGUUGUUUGAUGAAGCGCUGUGGAAAUGGAGUUGAGCGCGCGACACGCAGGAGAGGCGGGCACGCCCAAAGAACGUUGCGAGUUGAACGACGGCCGACUGUUGCGCGUUGAGCGCGCGUCCUUGCGCGUUGCCAUUGGCCGCGCACCCGGGCGCGGCGCACUGUGGGCGGGUGCAAGGCUCGUUUAUAACCCCCGCGUCUCCGGUGGUGGGCGGGAGCAGCAACAACCGAGCGGAGCGAGAGUGGAGGAGGACGACGGAGACGCCAGACAGCGGGCUGUAGCGGCGGCGUGCCGCCGCGGAGGGGGCGAGGCGGCCGUCCCCGGAUGCGUCGUGAGCCGCGCAUGGACGACCACCGGAGCCUCCUGCAAUCACCCCCGCCGAGCGUGAGCAAAGCACGGGGCGACAACCUGGUGAACCACGCGUACACCGAGACGGAGGCUGACGUCAUGACCGUGGUGGCGUGCGACAACAUGCUGGAGGAGUCGGCGGCGCUCCCGGGCCACCACUCUCUGGACCGAUACGAACCGGACCAUGAGUGCUGCGAGAGGGUGGUCAUCAACAUAUCCGGCUUGCGCUUCGAGACGCAGCUCAAGACCCUGUCGCAGUUCCCGGAGACCCUGCUGGGGGACCCCAAGAAGAGGAUGAGGUACUUCGACCCCCUCAGGAACGAGUACUUCUUCGAUCGGAACCGACCCAGUUUCGAUGCCAUUCUCUAUUACUACCAGUCAGGAGGGCGCAUCAGGAGACCCGUCAACGUCCCCAUCGACAUCUUCUCGGAGGAGAUUCGCUUCUAUGAGCUGGGCGAGGAGGCCAUGGAGAAGUUCCGGGAGGACGAGGGCUUCAUCAAGGAGGAGGAGCGGCCCCUGCCAGAGAACGAGUUCCAGAGGCAGGUGUGGCUGCUUUUCGAGUACCCGGAGAGCUCGGGCCCGGCUCGGGGCAUCGCCAUCGUCUCCGUCCUGGUCAUUCUCAUCUCCAUCGUCAUCUUCUGCUUGGAGACGUUGCCCGAAUUUCGCGACGAGAACCGGGACGCCCUCCCCGCGGCGCCGGCGAUUAACGGCACCUUCCCCUACUCGGUCAGCCCCUUCUCGGACCCUUUCUUUGUGGUGGAGACCUUGUGCAUCAUCUGGUUCUCCUUCGAGCUUCUGGUGCGCUUCUUCGCGUGUCCCAGCAAAGCCACGUUCUCCAAGAACAUCAUGAACAUUAUCGACAUCGUGGCCAUCAUCCCUUACUUCAUCACCCUGGGGACGGAGCUGGCGGAGCGGCAAGGGAACGGCCAGCAGGCCAUGUCCUUGGCCAUCCUGCGCGUCAUCCGCCUGGUGCGCGUCUUCCGCAUCUUCAAACUCUCGCGUCACUCCAAAGGCUUGCAGAUUUUGGGUCAGACCCUCAAGGCCAGCAUGCGAGAACUGGGCCUGCUCAUCUUCUUCCUCUUCAUCGGCGUCAUCCUCUUCUCCAGCGCCGUGUACUUCGCCGAGGCGGACGACCCGGACUCGGGAUUCAACAGCAUCCCGGACGCCUUCUGGUGGGCCGUGGUCACCAUGACCACCGUGGGCUACGGGGACAUGCACCCGGUCACCAUCGGGGGCAAGAUUGUGGGCUCUCUGUGCGCCAUCGCCGGCGUGCUGACCAUCGCGCUGCCCGUGCCGGUCAUCGUGUCCAAUUUCAACUACUUCUACCACAGGGAGACCGAGGGCGAGGAGCAGGCCCAGUACCUGCACGUGGGCAGCUGUCAGCCGCUGGCCGAGCCCGAGGAGCUGAGGAAGACGCGCUCAUCUUCCUCGCUCAGCAAGAGCGAGUACAUGGUGAUGGAGGAGCACGGCAUCAACAGCGCCUUCAAGCAGCAGCCCAACUUUCCCACCAGCGCUCAGAACAACUCGCAGAACUGCAUCGGCGUCGACAAGAAGAUCUUCACCGACGUGUAGUCGGUUCCGCUGUCACGGACGUCGCGAGUGGACGUGCGCGGGGUCGGAGGUCAACGAGCACGGAAGCGGUGCUGGAUCAGUGAGGAGUUAGGAAAAAAAAAAAAAAGAAAAAGGAGACAAAGUCCCGUCUGCUCACAUUGCGAGAAUUACAAUUGGUUUCAGAGCUCACGAUGUACAAAUAAAAUAAUUCACGUGUGGAGAAAAGGCACUCCUGAAAAGCCUGCAAUAGAGAGGGCGCCCGUUGUAGCCGCUGACGGAAAAGCUUUAUCAAGACCACAAAUGUAUCAUCUAAUGACCUUCGCGUCGUAUUAACGUGAGUUGUGAUUCAUCAGUCGUAGCCAACGUGCGAUCGUUUCGAUGUUUUCAAUGUGUCUUUAGAAACGCGUAAUGUCUGGGGGUGGGGGGAAACACAACAAGUUAACCUAUAUUAGCCUUUAUCAAUUAGACUGUGCUAUGCCGUUAUCGUGCGUUAAAGUCGAGUCCAAAGUGCUACUACAUGUGUAGAAUAGAGGCUUUUGGAGGUGCCAUGCGGACCGCCAUGCUGCGUCUCAUCACCCGCUCAAGACACGUGUGAGAACGGGAGCAAAAAACAAAAACAAAAACAAACAAACAAACAAACAAAAAAGAGGGAGGCCGAGCUCUUCCGCGCACACACACGUGCGCGCUUCUCUUUGGACGCCUCAAAUAUCGCCCCGCCGUGAUGCAAUCUCCAUGGCGACGGCCGUUUCCUGGGUAACCCCGAGCACCGUUGCCAUGGUGCCCCUGUUUCCACAGAAACCUCCCAGAUGGCUCGGGAGCGACAUUGAAGAUUAGCAUCCGUCUUCAAGGACCGCCGUUGCUGACGUCGGCUCGGCGUGUGCGUGAACGUAGCCUUGCGGAGGGCAUCCAGCAGCGAGCAGAUUGUCUAAAUGCGACGAUCCAAAACAUCCCAUCAACUCCCGCCCUGAAUGAAGGAAGCGGAUGGAGAGACAGCCUUCAAGGAAUUCUGAAUGGACUGUCUAGCUAUCCUGGGUGCAACACCGAUGGUGCCCACCAGGGGGGGCUCCUGACCCACCGAUGGCACAGUGGCUGCAAAGGUACUGCUGCUGGCUUCCUGUUUGUUCGGAAUGCUCCCAAAGAGGUUGUGUCAAAUACUCGUGUCGUUUGCUGAGGUGGAAGCUGUCCAGGUCGCCUGGACGUCUUGAUGCUCCCUCGUCGACUGUCUCUCGUGCAGGGAUGUAAAGGCAGUAUUUCUGUGGACCAAACGGGAUAAACUUGAUUGAUGAAGAAUUCCCCUCUGCCUUCUGACUGGCGUCCUCUGACUUGGUGCCUAUAGCAGCUCCCGCCUGCCAGUCGAUCACCUUUCGAGAAAAAAAAAAAAAAAAAAGUUCGAAAAAUUCAAGAAUUCAAAUGAAAACAAAUAAAUUGGUUGAUACUGUAUAUAAAGUACAGUUUACCAAACAACAUCCUUCAUUUACAGUUGUGGAGCUAGUGUUUUCUAACCGCUCUCUGUUUUUUGUUUGGGAGCAUCGCAGCAUUAAAAAUUGCAAGCAGUGAGAAAAUUCUUCGAGAAGCCCGCGUCAGACAUUUCUCCAUGUUGCUUAAAGUUUUAAAAGUCGGAGAAAACGGCAGCUCAAGGAAACAGCUGGCAGUUUUAAAACACAAAGCACACAAUUCUCUGCAUUUGUAAGGAUUUAUACGUGUGUACUAUAUCAGCGUUUCUGCUAACUGAUCCUCAGAACACAGAUGUCGUUUUCAUAUUGAAAGUGGCAAAAAAGAGGCCAAACAUUGCGUGUUAAGAAACUGUGACACAAAUCAAAGACUGUUAACCACAUGCCUUUGUUAGCUCGAUCAGUGUGCUCUGUAUUGCUAACAUUUAAAAUAUGUUAAAUGUAAUUGUCGCUGCUAUACCCCUGACCUACACAUGCAGAAUGAUAAAAAGGUACACGCAACACAGACAUGCAAACACACGUAGAUGCCUGCUGUGGGAAGCUUGCAUCAGCCCCUGAGUGCUCUAGUGCCGAAUGUUGUCAGGGGGAAGGUUUUGUCACUAUUUGUUCUGUGUUACUCUGUGCUGUCCUAAACAUGACGUAUACAACAAGA